UCUAUGUACGUCUGUUUAUGCUGAUCAUCUGUGUGAAGCACUGAAGACAGUUGGAUGCACAGGAAACACACGGUGUUUUAAGGACACUUUCAGUAGGUCACCAUUAUCAUUUAGACAAAAGAGUGUUGAAAGGACGUUCUGUCGGUGCUUCAUUAGCGCAGGCCUCCCUCUGUGGCCAAACCACGGCCAGCGUUUAGUGCAAUUACCCCAGCAGAGAACACCUGUCAAUCAUCCUUAAAGGGGAAGGAUUCCAAUUAUUAAACCUCUUAAGUCUUUUCCUCUCGCUACCGGCUCUCAGCGCGUCAGGCCAGUUUGCAUGGCUUCAUCCUAAAGAUCAAGACCUACAUAUGCUGCAGGAAUGGGACGGCUUCGGAAUAUCCACUCACUUUUGGGAUCCUCAAAACAUUAGUUAAUGGUCAUUACACAGUCUGGAGCAGGUGCACUGUGGGUAAAAAGCUGCGGUGUGUCAUUUGCACCGAGUGGCGACAACACUGUGUGAUUCUGAUGAGCCGGAAAGUUGAAGAAAAAGAUCUUUGUAAGGGAAUCUCUGCCACAAACUGGAACCAGAUUCUGUUUUGGACAUAACUUGCACACAUUUUCCCCGAGGAGACUUACCUUAAGGGCAGAUUGGAUGCAUUUGUCACCGGAUAUGAUGAACAUGGUGGACGAUGGCUGCCUCUCAACGGACAACUACCACGACCUCGGGAAAGGUUGUGUGUCAGGGAUGGGAGGCCGUGUCCACAGCAUCGACGUGAUUCUGGGCUUCAGUAAGGACCAGGAUCCUCUGCUCGACCCGGUGGGGCCUGUCGGCACACACAAAGUGGACGAAGAGGAGAAACAAGUGACAUCUGACCUCUACGGUCACCUGCAAAGUCUUCCGGACAGUUCACAGCAGUCAGCGUUUCAUGAUACUGAACUUUUCUCCACGGAGAAGUGCGACGCAGAUUUGGGAGAUCCUCAGAGCAAUGUGGAGAGCGACAGCCGCUCCCCGGACCCUCCUGAUGAGGAUCAACCUAAAAAGAAACACAGACGCAACAGAACAACCUUCACCACCUAUCAGCUACACGAGCUGGAGCGCGCCUUUGAGAAGUCCCACUACCCGGAUGUCUACAGUCGAGAGGAGCUGGCGAUGAAAAUCAACCUCCCAGAAGUCCGCGUUCAGGUGUGGUUCCAGAAUCGACGUGCUAAAUGGCGGAGGCAAGAAAAAAUGGACACUGGGAGCAUGAAGCUCCAUGAUUCGUCCAUGCUGUCCUUCAACAGACCGACCAUGGCUCCCAACAUAGGGCCAAUGACCAAUUCUCUGCCUCUGGACCCUUGGUUGUCCUCGUCGCUCUCCAGUGCCACUCCUAUGCACAGCAUCACGGGCUUCAUGGGACCAGGCCAAAGUCUCCAGCCCAACUAUACGGGUCAUCCCGGCUUUCUGAACUCUUCUCCAGGCAUGGUGCAGGGAAUGCAACCCAUGCCACCGCCUCCUUACCAGUGUCCCCCAGCAUUUAAUGACAAAUACCCUCUGGAAGACGUGGACCGCAGCUCUAGUAUCGCAGCUUUGAGGAUGAAGGCCAAGGAGCACAUUCAGUCCAUGGACAAAACCUGGCAACCCAUGUAACAGGAAAACGGGGAGCGGUAGAUUUUAUUUGGGUCUCAUAGAUACAUUUUUAGAAGGGUAUCUUUACAGCGGAGGAAUUGGUUUUGUUUUGGCACCAAACAGGGUUGACAAGUCUGCGGUUUUACAUAGUAUUGAACUACUUACAGUACACUUACUAGGUUUUUAGUUUUAGUCUGUGGGUUAAAGCUAUCUCUCAUCCACAAAAGGCGGUUUUGAUGGAGUGGACCCUCGACAAACGAUGGAAAAAAACAUGAAUUGUCUAUUUUUGGGCUAGAUUUCAAUAGCACCCGGGCUAUUUUUUCGUCCAGAUCUGACAAACAAAGCACUAACAGUUUGUGAUCAUGGCAUCUACAGUAAGGUGUUUCUUACUUAUUCCCCACAAAAUGUUGAACUCCUUAGGAUUCAGGAUUGUAGUCUGUGCCAAGCUUCUCUUCUCCUCAAGGGCGAAGACUCGCAUUUGAAGAGGCACAUUUGUAAUUUAACAGGACAGCGCAGCUCAGGACAACUGAUACCUCAAUGCCUGUUCAGAGGUUAAUUUCACACAUUACCAUCAAGACAUGAGAAAUCACUUGACUUAAAAGAAAAUGACUCUCUAUGGUCAAAUACUCUAGAAACAGAAUGUUUUUUAGUGAAUUGUUAUUUUACACGAUUAGCUGCCUCAUCAAGCUAUAGAGUGAAGUUGUUUCUAAAUCAUUAGCACAUAUUUCAAACGUGCCACAAUCCUGUUCUUGCAAUUCGACGUGUUCAUAAGAUAAUUAAAAAUGAGUCUGAGGUUCAGCGUUUCACUGUCUGUGGUGUCUGUUUCAAGCAAUGUUGGACGAACCUCUCAAAAAGGUGAAUUUUAUGAGGAAUGUCAGUUAUAUUUUACCCUAGAAAGGGUUAAAAAUGUGAGUGUGUGUGUGUGUGUGUGUGUGUGUGUGUGUGUGUGUGUGUGUGUGUGUGAGGACGAGGAAAGAGCAGCUCCCCGCCGGGUCUCUUCAUUGUUAAAGAUUAUCGAUUGCCCCUCUGCUCUGAACUAAUGGGCGUCCAUGCAACCAGGUGUCAGUCAUUUAAAUGUGCAAACACUGUCCUUCAAAAAGAUUUGAGGAACAAGUGUUGCCUUAUCAUAUUGCUUUUCAAUUCUAACCGAUGGUAUCAUGAUCAUUUGAAUACUUUGUGGACACUGUAACUAUAUGCAAACUGGAAAUAUACAUAGAAUUCAUGAUCCAUAAUACACUUUUUUAUGCACUGUGAUGAUGCAAAUGAUACAAAACCAAAGCUUGAAGUUGGAUGCAAAAAAUAUAGAAUUCAUUCUACUCUUUAUUUAGUAGCUGUGUAUUCAAGAGUAUUAUUAAUAGAAAAAAAGAGUUAUUUUUGAAGCAUUGUCUGUGAAAUGCAAUGAAGCCAAAGAAGAUUGAGUUUUCUUUAAA